UUACGGUAACGGCACAGCUGUGUGUGUGCGUGAGUGCGUGGAUCCGGACACGCGCGUGCUUCUCUGCAUCUCUCUCUUUAAUAGACGAAUCCAGAGGGGACUGAUUUCGGUGAUUCAAGUGUAAUAAUCUCUAACGGACGCAUAUACUUAGCAUUCACCUCACAGGAGGGAAUUCCUUUAAUUUCUUUAGCAACAUAAUAAAAUAAAAUGGACAGUUCAGACAAGGAAAACAGGUCAGAUGAAGAAUUUGACUCACCCGAGGAAGAAGAGGUGGACCCGAGAAUCCAGGGAGAGCUUGAGAAGCUGAAUCAGUCCACGGAUGACAUCAACAGAUGUGAAACUGAGCUGGAGGAUGCCAGGCAAAAGUUUCGCUCGGUGCUGGUGGAAGCCACUCUGAAGUUAGACGACCUGGUGAAGAAGAUUGGGAAAUCGGUGGAGGAAUCGAAACCAUACUGGGAGGCCCGGCGGGUGGCACGGCAGACUCAGCUUGAAGCACAGAGAUCCACACAAGACUUCCAGAGGGCCACGGAAGUACUGCGGGCAGCCAAAGAGACCAUCGCCCUGGCUGAACAGAGGCUGUUGGAGGAUGAUAAGGGGCAGUUUGACUCAGCCUGGCAGGAGAUGCUCAACCAUGCAACACAGCGAGUGAUGGAGGCCGAGCAGAUAAAAACACGCAGUGAGCUACUGCACAAGGAAACUGCUGCUAAAUACACUGCCGCCAUUAGUUGUAUGAAACAGCUGGAGAAGAAUCUCAAACGCUCCAUCAACAAGUCUAAGCCCUACUUUGAAAUGAAGGCCAAAUAUUACUUGCAGCUUGAGCAACUGAAGAAGAAUGUGGAUGACCUCCAGACCAAGCUGACGCAGGCUAAAGGGGAAUAUAAGUCAGCCCUGAGAAACCUGGAGAUGAUCUCUGAUGAGAUCCAUGAGCGCAGACGCUCCUCAGGCAUAGGCCCACGGGAGAGAGGCGUAGGGGCAGAGGGUGAUGGUGUCAUUGGUGAAGACUUGUCUGGCUUCAAAUUCGAAUCUGAUGGAAUUUCAUUGGCAUCUGGGUCCUACGAGGAUGAAAACUGCAGCACCAGUGCCAUGUCCAUGGAAGACUCAGAGACUCAAUCCAAUAGUAGCUUCAGUUCUGGGCCGAACAGCCCGCUGGACUUGCCCUGUCCUUUCUCCUCCUCCUCCUCUUCCUCUGGAUCUCCGACCUCCUCCUCCCCGACCUGCUCCUCUCGCCCCUGCAGUCUGAACCUGCCCAGCACCGUCUCUUUGUCUGACUUUAGCCUGAUGUCUCCCAUCCUUGGCCCACGCAGCGAAUGCAGCGGCGCCUCCUCCCCUGAGUGUGACAUAGAGAGAGGUGACAGAGCAGAAGGUGCUGAGGCUGUAUUGGACAACGUUUUCAGUAACAAUAGCAACACCAAAACAACCUUUGGCCUAGAUAGCCGUUUCCGCCUGCUGUCUCUAAAACUUAGCCGAAAUGAAAGCAGAAAAAGCGUUGGCGGAGACCCCCUGGGUCAGGCUCAGCACACCGCCCCAGCCACAGUCCUGCUGGAUGGGAUGUGACUACAGUGCCUGCUACAUCAACGUACCUGAUGCAUUCAUUCACAUUCUGUGCGAGAAGCACUGGCAGUUACCGUCCUCCACUUCACCAGUAUGUCAUCGCAGCCCAUUGUUCUCACUGUCUAGAAUGUUCCACCAACUUUCAGACUAAACUUUCACUCAAUCUCACGGGUGUGAGAAAGGCAAACUGUGACACAGUGUGGUGAGGAGACAUAUCUGCCAUUGGGGGCAUAUAACCGAGUUAAGCUUUGAAAGGAAGACAAGCAUCUCUGUAAAACACAAUUAACGUUCCAGAUCGAGAGAGACUCGAGACACGUAAGGAUGGCGUUAGCACUUCACUUUUUACUUAUAAAAUGCAAAUGAGAUUCAUUAUACUCUAAUUUAUGCCACUGAUUGUCUUUGUAACCGUGUCAUGGAGAAUUUAAUUUGUGUGGCAGUAAAAUGUUACAGUCAUUACUGAGUUCUUCUAUAUCCAGGACAUCGGUGCAUGAUUUCGCUUCAGCCUGGUGCUCAACAGACUCGCCUGCACAUACAAAAAGUACUCAAAACCUUCAGAGGUGCUUCUGCGCUGUAACGGUGACUUACAAGGAAUGAAGCCAACCACCUGCAUCCCAGGUCAGGACCUCAAUGUUAUCCAGGGACCUGAGCAGCUACAGGUUGAUCCAUACUGGUCACUGGAAGCUUCUUCACCUUCCUCCAAAUACACUGCAUACCACUCAUUUCUCUCUUCAUGUAAAGAACAAUUUUUGUUUUCAAUAUAAAUAGAAAGACAGCAAUAGAUUCAGAUUCACUAUGUUUUUGUGCAAGACAAUGGUUCAAGACAAGUAGCAUAGAACGCUGGAAUGCUGUUCUUGCAACUGUUGAACUGAUAGGGGGCAGAAAGCUUAUGGAAAUGAUUUGAUGGGUCUCGGUGGAGGACCUGCAGAGCUACACUGAUGAAGAGGACGAUAACUGAAUGUUCCAUCCAGCAGCCACUGAUUUUGUUACAGAUGGCACAGCUUCAGGUCUAACAAGUAGGCUGUGUGGUGUUUUUGAGUGACUUUGUGUCUCAUCUUUUUUUUUUUUUGGCUUUCCAAACAAUCUCCAUCUGUUUGUUCUGUUAGUUCAUUGGUUAUUGUCGAUUGGAGAACCGACGGUGAGGAAAGAAAACUUGUAGCAGUAUUAAAGUGAUUUAUGGCGUUUAGUCAUUUGUUGUUUACAACAAGCUUGUGUAAUUGUUUUCAGACUGAAAUAAAAUGAUACCUGAAAUGA